CUCCUUCUGUCAAAAUGGCUGCCGCUUGUGACAUUUCCGAUUCGCAAGAGGCAGCUCAUAAUCAAAUUGUUGUCAGUGAGGUACCUCUAGGGGUGUGGACAGUACAGAAUGACCAAGUCAUCAAAACCACCAGCGCAGGGGAGGAAAAAUCGGAGGUCAAGUCGGUCCAUGUCGUGGUAUCUGUACAACCCGAGGAAAAGAAACCCUCCCGUGGGGAGGGAUACCAGGAGAGGAGGUCAGGGAGAAUACCCUCCAGGAAAAGGAGUGUCCCAUUUAAAUUCAGGGAUUACAGAAAUCCAGACCUGGUGAACGAGGAGAAUGAGGAGGAGGAAGCAGAGGAGAAAUUUACACCCGAGGAGGAAUUCAGGAAUGUGUCCCUGGUCAAGCGGGCGACCACUGCCUCCACAAGGAAACGAGGAAGGCCAAGAAAACUGCCUAUAUAUGACUCACCAGUGACACAAGAAAUAAUUUCAUUAGAUGCCAAUGAAGCUAACAGCCUGGGGGUGGGGAAUGAGGAGGUCAGCAUUGUGAUCAUACAGCAGGGGACAGACGGGGAGGAUAUUAUUCUACAGACUGAGGGGGGAGAGGAACUGAGCCUCACAGAGGGGGGACAGGUCGCAAACAGUUCACAGGAGACGGAGCAGAGCACAAACCUACCUCAGCAGGUUAACAUGGCCGAAGAAGGAGGGAAAGGAGAGGAAGGCUUAGCUCAGUGUAAAAUAGAAAGUGAUAGUGAGGGCCAAAAAGAAGGGACAAGUGAUACUGAUCUCACAGGGAGGGGAGGGGGAGAGGGGGGUGAGGGAGACAGCACAGCAGAACAGGAAAACCAGGGGGAGGAAGGAAGCUCCCUGACUCAGGAGAGAGGACCAGAAUCAGGGAGUGAAACCUCUCAGCCUGAAGUCGAGUCAAAGCCAAGGAUUGUCUACCUCAAUAAGAAACCCCGUCGGAGUGGGAAGAAAAAUAACAUGGUGGUGGUUUACUCCUGUGGAGUAUGCAUGAAAAAGUUCUCUUCUAAAGGAAAUUUAAAAACACACAUGAAGAUACAUUUAGGAGAGAAGCCUUUCCACUGUAAUGUAGAGAACUGCAGUAAGACAUUCAGGAGUAACGAGGCUCUUAGAAGACACAAAAUGUCACACCUCGGUAUCAAACCAUUUGAAUGCAGUUUCUGUAAGAACAAGUUCUCCAGUAAUGUAAGUCUCCAGGAACACAUGUCACGUCACACGGACAGUAAACCUCACCAAUGUCACGUAUGUCUGCGGAACUUCCGACAGGUCAGCUGUCUACGGCGACAUCUCAUCACUCACUCCUCCGAGACGCCCUUCGCCUGUACCAUAUGUGGCCGCAAAUUCUCUCAGAAUAUGUACCUCAGGUCACACAUGAAAAUGCACACAGGAGAGAGGCCAUUCAAAUGUAAGCAGUGUGAGAAAGCCUUUGCUCAUCAAUCUGAUCUCAACAGACACAAAAUUGUCCACUCAGGAGAAAAGCCAUAUGAAUGUGAGGUGUGUGGCACAAGAUUCAGUGACCCUUCCAGUAAAAGACGCCAUGAACGUGAACAUGUGGGAACCAAACCAUAUGUAUGUCAAUUGUGUUACGAGUCAUUUAAACGUGCGGGACAAUUAAAGGCUCACCUGAGCAGGAAACACCUGCACCAGAAGGAUGACGUCCAGGUGAUUCGGACCAGUACAGGUGCUCUACAGUUUGUGUUCCCUAACGCUGACCAGUGCAUCACCCAGCAAGAAAUCGCAGCCUCCAUGUCCGGCGAUCAACAUACCAUGAUAAAACAAAAAAAGAUAGUAAAGUUAAUCCAGGACCUGAACUCUUCUAUACAGAAUGUCCCCAUUAACCCUCCUCCGCAUGAUUAUUCUGCCACCGAGACGCCAUCCGUGCUCGAUGCAGAGAGACAGGAGGAGAUGUCUGUAGACUCAGUUAUUAAUGAAGCACUGGAAAAAAAUCAGGGCCUCAUUUCCCAGGGGAGGGAACAGCGAGUCCAGACCCUACCUGUAUCUACUUUUGAUAAUUCUCAGAUGUCAGAACCUACAGUUGUGACCAUUGCAGAGGUGUUGGACAACGGUCACAUCCAGACCAUUCAGUCCGAUGACUGUGUUCCUGUUGAGUAUCUUCACAUUAUUGAAGAGCUAGCUCCAGAGUCCCUGGAGCAGCAGGUUGUGGAGGUCCACUAUCAGGAUUCAGAACAGAGGCCAGAGCCAGACCAAUCCACAGAACAGGUGCUCUCUAAAGAAAGUGAAGAGUCCACGGCAGCAACAGCCUCAGUAUCAGAUCAGGCUUCAGACACGACAUCCAUGGAUUACGUCAAUCAUCCAGAUUUCAGCAGCCAAGCUUAUUAUAACUGGCUCUGUAGUUUUACAGAGCUCUGUAAAGUCAUGCCAAUGCCUUUAGAUGUUUCACUAUUUCAGAAAAUCAGUCAGGUCCACAAACAUUUAUCUGAUGUCAUGGCAACACCUUCUGGGGUGGUGGCAGACAAGGAGAAUUUUAAAACCCUCAUGAACAUCUCAAAAGAACUGAAUACAAUCAUUAAUGAACAUUUAUUUUAUGUCAUGCAAAAUCUUGAUGCCAUGGAUGAUAAGGAAUAAUCAUAAUUUAUUUGUUGUUACUGUUUUACAAUGUUGCUACAAGUAUUUAUCUUUCUGUACUUGAGAUUAAGGCAUUCAUGAUAAUUAGGGUAUCAACUUAAUGUGUUUUUGCAUUGGUCAGGAUUUUUGUAUUAAACUUUUGAGCUGACAUUUUAUUACUAUGUAAUACAUAUAUGUUAGAUUUGUCACUGACAUUGCUUGUAUUUGUUAUUUAUUUUACAAUGUGGCAAAAUGAAGGUCAUGAAAACAUUUACAAA